AUGUUUUCCAAAAACCUCACGAGCAAAGACUCCUUCUUGGAGCAAAUGAAAGCGGCGAGGGAAGAGAGAGCUUUAGAAAAGAAGAGGGAACAAUCAGCUACAAAGAUACAAGCAAUAGUCAGGGGCUGGUUAGCUAGACAGAGAUUUAUAAAGAUUAUUUUAGAUGAAUUUGAUGAACUUCUACCUGAAUCAAGUCACGGAUCACAAGAUGAAGGGCAGCAGAUGGAAUUUGUACAAGCUCUGGAUGUUUAUAAAGUGACCUGUCGCCUGUUCCUCAUAUUUAAGCAGCAAAGAGACAGAAAGAGAUUCGAGAAACUGUGCAAGUACAUAGUUCAAAGCCUCCACUCAGAGUCUGUGAAAAUAUCUUAUGUGGGAGUGUUCUUAAAUAAGGAUUAUAGUCUGUGCUGGAUUUCUCACAUAAAAGAUCUACUUUUUAAAUGCUGUCAGUACCUAGAACAAUUGAAGCCAGAGUCACCACUUGACAUGCAAAGCAUUCUUAUACACUUGCACACACUUUUGGAAUUUACGGCGACAAAUACCUGGGCAUUGACUCGCAUGAAAAACUUCGAUAAACUCCGAGGUGGUAUGACGCAGCUCUGUGCUAAUGUGAUGGGAUCCUUGUUUCAUAAAGGAUAUUAUUUGACUUUAAAAUCACUACUCCUCAGAGGUAUUUGUCGGGAAAAGGUGGCCCUGAAGAACAUCGCUCUAUCUGCUAUCGUGGCUUUAGCUCUACGACCAUUGAUCUCAGCACAGUUUUCGGAGAAACUACUCACUAUGUUCAUUAUACAGAUUCUAUCUGUACCUACUUUGGUGUAUCACAUGCAACUUAUAUCACCUGAGUCCAUAUCGACAUUCCGAACCCACGCACUGUUCGACAAGUCCAUUGAGUUUCUGAGCGCGGAUCAAAACAUGAGAAUUGUGUUCAAUACUUUGGAAGGAAACUAUGCUUUGUGUUUGCUCGGAAAUCUAAUACAAAUGGCGCAUAUUGAACGUGAGCACGCGCAUGCUGAGACGUUUUAUCCUACUUUUGUGCUAGUUACUACACGCUUCUUAGACAGUUGCCAACAAUACGUGGUGUGCAAGAAGGGAAAUCUAAGCAACUGGCAUCCGGUGUUAGGCUGGUUCGCACAAAGCUUUGACGCUUAUCUUCCCCCUACUAUGGGAAACCUUCGGACCCAACUGUCUUUGCUAUGGGGUGCUCCGAUGUUGAAGAAGCUCUUGGCUUAUCCGUUGAAGGAAAUGAUCGACGGCGGUGUGGGGGAGGAGGGGGCUGGGCCUUCACAGCAGUCUUCACCAAUACAAAGUAAUAACCCCGCAUCUUUUAUACGGAGGGCGUUAGAAGCAAGGACUAAUAGGGGUAAUUCAAAUAAGAACUUCAGAAAGCUCGGCUCACCCGACUGUACGAAGGUAGCCCUAAUAUGUUCCAUGUAUCACACAGCGCUGCAGACAAUGACGCAAGUCAAACUAGAUAUAUUGACGGGUCUGUGCAAUCAAGACGAAAUUCUAUACUCCUUAUGGCAAUUCCUGUGUACUCUCGGACCGAACAGCGGGCUAAAAGCAUUCUUAGACCUGCUUGCUGUUAAUACGAAAUCAUCAGCACCGGAAUUUCAAAUGCUCAUCCUAUUUGCUGAUUGUAUGACGCAUUAUGUUACAAUACUUGACGAUAUGGAAAUGUAUGAAAAGCAAGAGCCGUUCAAACUGCAAGACUUUGUUAACAUGUCUGCCUUUUUAAACAUGUUCAUUUAUAAGUCUAUUAUAGGACAGUUAUUUGAUCUCAAGAGUAUUCAGAGCAACGAGGUGUUCCGUUCUGUACAUACAUUGCUGCUGGUGCUCUACCGCCGUGACUGCAGACGAUCGUACACCCCUCCGUCGCAUUGGCUCGUACGCGAUAUUAGAGACUCGCACUUCAUGGCGGACCUGGAAAAGGGAAAGAAACCACAACAGGUGCUAGUACAAAAGACUCCGCACAUGAUAGCGCACGGUGAAAGAGUCAGGUUAUUCCGGCGAGCAGUUGCAGACGAAAAGGUAGUUCUAGGUCUGACUGAGCGCGCCUGUGGAGGUCGUUCUACUCUAGUUACUGUUCGUCGUAACAGACUAGUCGAAGACGGCUACAGACAACUUGCCGCUUUGCCCAGUCGAGCGCUCAGAGGAGUUGUCAGGGUACGCUUCAUUAAUGAACAAGGCUUGGAUGAGGCUGGUAUAGAUCAGGAUGGAGUGUUCAAAGAAUUUCUCGAAGAGACGAUAAAGCGAGUCUUCGACCCGUCGCUGAACCUCUUCCGUGUUACGAGUGAAGAGCGGUUGUACCCAUCGCCCACUUCUUGCCUUCAAGACAACCAUUUACAGUUGUUCGAAUUUAUUGGCAGAAUGCUGGGAAAAGCGGUGUACGAGGGAAUUGUAGUGGAUGUUCCAUUUGCCUCGUUCUUCCUGAGCCAAGUGCUGGGCCAAACUCAGCAGGCGCUUUACAGCUGGAUCGACGAGCUGCCAUCGCUUGACCGCGACCUCUAUCGGAGUCUUACUUACAUUAAACACUUUCAGGGUGAUAUAUCCAGCUUGGAAUUGACAUUCUCAGUCGACGAAGAACGAUUGGGGGAAAUCGUCACUCAUGAACUGGUACCUGGAGGCAAAGCUAUACCGGUGACCAAUGAAAAUAAAAUAAACUAUAUACAUCUGAUGGCACACUUUCGUAUGCACACACAAAUUAAGGAUCAGACAAAUGCGUUCAUCAAAGGCUUCAGAGCUAUUAUCAAUCCAGAGUGGCUAUCAUUGUUCUCAACGCCAGAAUUACAACGUCUCAUAAGCGGUGACAACGUACCGUUGGACUUGAGAGAUCUGCGACGUCACACGCAGUACUACGGCGGUUUCCACGAUUCCCACCGCGUGGUCUGCUGGCUGUGGGACGUGUUACAACGAGACUUCACUGAACACGAACGAGCACAGUUCCUCAAGUUCGUGACGUCAUGCUCGAAGCCUCCAGUACUGGGCUUUGCUCAUCUCAAGCCGCCCUUCUCAAUACGUUGCGUCGAAGUGGGUGAUGAUGAAGAUACCGGGGAUACAAUAGGCAGUGUCAUUCGAGGCUUCUUUACAAUACGCAAGAAGGAUCCACUGAAUCGCCUGCCCACUUCGUCCACAUGCUUCAACCUGCUCAAGUUGCCCAACUAUCAGAAGAGAAGCACUUUACGCGACAAAUUAAGAUAUGCGGUAAACAGUAACACUGGCUUUGAACUUUCUUAA